CAGCCGUCAGAGCAGACCAUCGUCCUCAGUCAGUCCUCCAGAUUAGGCCAUGGAACCAGACCACAACGACAGUCCAUAAGAUCCGCCCCAGAUCAGACCACCACAACAGACAAUCAGACGAGUCUCAGAUCCGGCCACAGAUCAGACCAUGCACCAACUCUCACAUCAGACUAUCGUCAGACCAGAUCACCAGAUCAGAUCAGCCCACAGACUACCAUCCAUGGCUGCUCCACUUCAAAUCAGCACAGCACACCCAACCUCGUGAAAUGGUACAGGUCAGGUGCAUUGCUUGUGGGUUGGGUCAAGGAGGGUAUGUAGAGCUCUGGAUGAACCUUGCAAAGCAUACAUUCCACACACGUUCGGCCUGAAGUUUUCGGACGUCUUCUCCGGCUUAAAUUAACUGUAGUUAGAUCAGUUAGCGGGGCUCCCUGGGCUGGUAAGGGCCUCCCCUGCCCUUUUUGAUAAGUUGGGUUCCUUUGCAGGUGUUCGGUCAACGACAUAGGUUCGGCUUUUAGGAUUCGGCUUUGCUUCAAGGAUACGGUUCGACUGCGUUUUUUCAUCUUUUUCGGAUGGACUCAUCGCCUUUUUUCGUCGUCGUCGUCGUCGUCACUGCAGUCUCCCGCUUAGUUGCGCCAAAUUCAAUUCAUUACACUUCACUUGAUAGUCAUUGCACUAGGCAAGUGAAGCAUUCACUCGCAAGGUUCAACCAGACAGUUAUUAUUUUAAGAAGAAACUUUAGUAAACUAGAGACAUAAGACUAUUCAGCUACUACAGUGAGAGGACCUCAUUUGGCCUCCACUUACAGGCUUAAUGGUCUCUCUUGUUACAGGUAGAUAGUCAGGUUAGUCUCGCAAAUUCGAGUCUGCACCCACCUAUACCAAUUUGACUUUUCAUGUUAAACUGUGCGAAUGCGAAGCGAACAUUUUUAAUGCGCGUCGAUUUUCAGACUUCGAACUUGUGAGGGUAGAUCAGUUGACAGGUUUAGUCUUACAAAGAAGGUAAUCUGCGAUAAGGCGUUUCUUCCUGCGAAGAGCCAACACCUUGUUGUAGGUUGCCAGGGCAACAUGGGACAAUCCACACACAGCAGGCUAGAUCGUUUACAAAUGGUAAGCGUAGGAAGUCUUCGAGACCAAUCUACGACGCAGUUUCAUCGCUGGAGGAGCACGAACAAGCCGAUUGGCAUUUAGCAACGUUAGUAGCCUGCGAAGUGAUUACGAGAAUGCUACUAGGCCGAAUGUUUCGGGGAAGCACAUGUGAAGGCCCACCAUACCUUGAUAUGCGUGUCCCCUGAAUGGCAUUCAGGUGAAAACCUCGCAGGUUAAAGAUAGUCUUUCAGAGAACACAGGAAUAGCAGGAGAGGAUACUCUUGUGUGGCAUCGUUAACAUCAAGACAAAUUAGCUUGUCUUUUUGUUAAUUUUGCCUUGCUGGAGAGUUUUCUUCUUAGGAAGUCCUGCAUUGCACUACGCAGGCACAGAUCGUCUACAAAUGGUAGGCGUACGUAGUCUUCACGUCGACCGUUCGUGGCUAUUGGUUUCUUUGCCUUCAUCCGAAAGUGGCGUGCAGAGUUCUACCCCGACAACUCUUGAAGUACUUCAUGACUGGUAGUGAAUCCUAAAGCAACACGCUGUCUAUUUACUUUUUUCCCUGAAUCUUGUAACAAGAAAUAGUUGCUUUUGUAAAUGUGAAUAAAAAGCUUUUGAUGGUAUGCUUGAUCGUAUUGUGUGUGAUUGAAUUGUGGGUCCAUUGCUAUAUCAAGGGAAGAGGCCGGCCGAAGAAAGAAGAACAAAGAAUCUCCAGAUGUACAGAAAGAUAGUCCAGUUUAUUAAGUAGGCGAGGUAGCUGCCUUUGCGGCGAUGAAUUGAGAAGAAGCACAUAGGACCAAACCGGACAAUGAUAAUGAUGAUGAUGGGGAUGAUGAUGACGACGACUAUGAUGAUGAUGAUCGUUUGCACUACGACAUCGUUCUGCUUCUACUAAAGUUAUUUUAUUUAUCGUUGGUUUAGGGUGAUAAUUGAACUGAAGAAAAUCCCGCUAAAAUGUAAAUUGGCUAUUUUGCAAACAGAAGCCGAUGACAUCAUAGUGAAAACGACUUCAUCAUUAGGAAGGCAAGGUAGACAGAGGAGACAGCAUAUGGCAAUAACUUUAAUAAGCUGUCUUAACUAACAUUGAUAUCUGUAAUAAAUGGCCCAUAUUCACUCCCCCAACCCUUUUCAAUUUUUCAUAAAAUUUCUUAGUUACCGUAAUUCGGAAAUUAGUUGAAUUUUUGUCAUCUUUGCUGAUACCUUGUUCCACGGUUCUAAACUCGCAAAGUCCAAUGUUAGUUGAGACAGGCACCAAUAUGUUAUUAUUAAAAUUUAAUUGGCCGGCCGAACUUCACCUUUGGGCAACUUCACCUCAUCAUGGACGUUUACGACUUCUUCUUUUUUUUCCCAAUACCUACGCCUUUUUUUUGGAUUGUGGAUGCAGUCUUCUUGGUCUUUUGGUGGAGGAACAUGACGGUUUACAGCAGCCCAUAUAAGGUAGGGCCGAUUUAUGCUGGUACAAAUUUUACGCAAAGCUGACUCGUUCGGUCAAAAAUAAGAAAAUCGGUGCAUUGAAUUUCCUCGUAAGGUUCGUAGCUUAUGUAAACUUUGCACCACAUCAAUCAGCCCAAGUAAUAAUCCAGUGUCGCACAAGGUAUGUGGAUUUGUUUUCUAUAUAUUAGGCGAUUAGAUUUUCGGUUCGGUCCAUUCGUCUUUUUUCGGUUUCGAUUCGACUUUUGAGCUGAUUCCGCAUUCGGCUUCAAAAACUGUGAAGGCUUGGUAUAGACAAAGUUUCCAUAGCAAGCCGCCAAAUAACCCUGCGUACCGUCCGGGGACCCUGGUGUGUUUCAUUCGAGGUGUCAAGGUUUUAUGGACUCAUGUCACACUCCUCGGUCUUGCUCGGACGUCAAAUUCUAAGAAGCGCAUCCCAUCUAAAUAUAGACUACUUAAUUUCUGUAACCAGCAAACUCAAUUUAAUAAAAGCACUUCAUCUAAUGUGUUGUCUGUGUGGUUUUCUCUUUUACUUGAAAGCUAAGUCUUUAGGUAAUUAAUUAUAAGUACUAAUGAUGAUUUAAUUUGCAGGGAUAUUCUAAAACACUUGUUGUAAUAACGGCAGAAAAAGAAAUAAAACAAAAAUAAAACACGGAGUUGUGAGUGUGAUUUCUUUUAACUGCGCACAUUUAGUGACACUGAGUGUCGCAUCAGCGUGUUUGCUGUUAAAACACAAAUGACUAACGUAAUUAAUUUCAGGUGCGUUGGAAAUCGAUAAAUUUAUUUUUUUUGGACUCCUCCGCCACUUUUUGGCUGGGGUGAAUGGACUCACAUUUUUUUGGGCGCGCCGUCUCAAGAUGACUUUUUUCCGACCAUUGUACUACGUUUUGGAUGCGUUCUUGAAGAAACGCAUGGCACUAGCUACCUAUUUGAAAGUCGUACCUGAGGUGCUCAAAGAAGGAGAAUAUUAAGGUUAAUGUGAUUGAGUUGUACGUAAGUAAAAGUUGAUGAAAAAUAAAGUUUAACAAACAAAAGGUAUAUCAUCAGCUUGUUUGUUUGUUUGCUUCUUUUUUGUUGUUAAUUAAACAAGCACUAGAAAAUUUAGAUAAGUUAGAUUAUGUUGUAACGGAGUUGCUUCUGAGGAAAAAAAAUAAAGUGUGACCAACACAUUGCCGUUUCAUCAUUGUAUUUUUUCUUUAAACCAAUGGUAAAUAAUUAAAAAGUUUCGUUUCAGGAACUUCGUACGUCGUUUUUUACAUCUUUUUUUGCUCGAACAUCGCCGCCUCGAAGACGUCUUUUUGGGCGCGCCCUCUGAAGACCGACCACAGCAAACUGAAUGCAUGUAACGUAUGCUCUCUAGAAGCUCAUUUGGAAGUUUUUUUUGGCUGCGUUCCUGAAGAAACGCAUGCCGAUGCUGAUUACGACUGGAAAACAAGUCAAAGUUCUAAAGGUAAGACAGAUCUGUUUAUGCUUUACCUGUUAUAUUAUCUCUUUGGGUUUCAGAUUUAGUGCAUGAAGUUAGCGUUCGACAGCGGCGUCUAAGAGGCAAGGAAGAGUGGAACUGAACGUGAGUACUUUAAAUUUGAUUGUGCUGAUACAUACCCUUAUCGUCAGAUGAUACUUAAAGUUAUUCCUUCACGGACUAGUAGGAUUCAAACCUACAUUUCUUUUUUUAACUGGUGCUCCUUGUGUACCAAAGAAUGCAAUUUUCAAAACUUGGAAUUCCAAAAGAUGUUCAGCUGAAUUCGAAUCUGUUUGAUGAUAGCUGACAGUAGGAAAUGGAGUCUGCGAUUGGUUUUCAAGUGUGCAACAAAGCCAGUGUUUUGAUGUUAUUUAUUGAUUCUUUUUUUACAAACAUUUUAUUUAGGUCGGUGACGUCCGGCGGUGAUAUGGUCCAUCAGUAGUGAUGUCCAACCCGUAAGUACAAGAAUAUAUACUAACCCUUCGUCUUCAAGAGGUUAAACAAGCAUACCCACAAAAUGACAGGGUCAUUUAAGAAAAGAGUUUUGUAGGCAAAUGUGCUCUUACUGGAGCAAAAAUCGUAACUUUAUAGGUAAAUACUAUUUUCCAGUGGGAGUCCAACCCAUGAAAAAUGUUUUUUUGGUUCAUCAGUAACCGGCAAAUCGAUAUGAAACGUUAAUGAGAUUCAAACGCCAGGAUAUCUGAGAGAAGCUGCAUACUUAAAAAUUCAUUUUCAACUGCCCUGUUAAAACUGUUGCUUUUAUAAUCUGUUUGAAGACGCUUUUUGUUCAGGUCUGUUCAACUCCAGGAGUUGGUUCCAACCGCAGUCGUAGCCGGCCCAUUGACAUUGGGACGGGUGACCCUAGCGACCAGAUCCGAGGUAAGUACUGUAAAGGUAACACACUUAUCCUCGGAUGCACUUAUCCUCGGAUGAUUUUACCCAAGCUUUCUGAAAGGAAAUGAAGCCUUUGAUUACCAUUCCAAGACAUGAGUUUGACUCUAAUAUUCAUCGUAUUCGAACCUCUAUCAAGAUAAUUAAACAAUGUCAAGUUUAAAUGGAAUGCAAAUCCAUGCUAAGAGGUUAUAUCCGAAACAGCGGUUUCGCUACCACUUAGGUUGACCAAAACUUAAAGGAGGAACAUCCAAGGAUUAAAAGGAAUUAGUGGCAUAAUGAAUUUUUAAAAAACAAUGUAAAACUUUUUUUUGCACCAGUCUCAAUCGAUGUUCUUGAGAAACUUUGCAUUUAGGUCAGAAAACUGCUGAUAGAAGUCAGCGGGCGGAAAAGCAACCCGGAAGUCUCUCUUUAACUAUUACAUAGAAAGUGACUGGAACGAUCCACCUGGCAGAUCGUAGGUAAGUACAGAAGAAAAAAUACGAGCACUUUCAACCCAACCUUGCCCCCCAAAAAACACCAGGAAAGAAAACUGACGAUAAAAGAACUCACUAUGUGCAUUUGCUCCAGUUGUGAGUCACAACUAAGUCUACUAAAACUGCAUAUUGCAAAAUAGACAACAAGGACCCUCAACAAGAGGAGUCUAUGCUGGCUGUAUGUAGCUGUUAAUUGAAUUCCUUAGAGACAAAUCACUUGAAGGUCCCUAAACACUUCUCCUUCAAUGGACUUCCAAUCCAUGAACUUUGUUUAACUUUGACGUUACUUCAAACAAAUACAAGGUGUUAGUGGGAUUCAAACUAAGGCCACUUAACUAAGAAGAGGGAAAUAUGUAACAGCCUCUUAGUUGCUGAGUAACAAACAUCCCUUUGAUAAGCUAAGUAUCUUGUUCUUGAGAUCUAUUUUAUACAGAUCCAGAAGAUUUCAGAUGUCGCACCUCGCCUGGCCUGCAGUGAGUGGCUCUAAAAUUAUGUGAAGGAGCCUUGCUUAACUCGACAAAGGCAAGUACAAUCUUACUCCAUCUAAUUUGCAAAGAACAGACUUAAAGAAAUUAGGCUGGGAUCCAAACCGUGCGGAAAUUUUAAGUUUUGUAUGGAAUUAGCUGGACUACUCAUAUGCUAAAACUGCAAUAAUCAAGGAGUAAAAGUGCUUCGCUAAACCUUUAUUCUGUCCGAAGUUUCUUUAAAUUUGCUUGCCGCUUUAACUUUUUUUUCUAGCGAGAUCUAGGGGCAGUAUGACGAGGCAAUGUCGGUGAGUAGAGGGUUAGGUAAAUGGCUGACCCUUUUUGCAUCGAUUAUGAUGAUUAUUGUACAUUGUAGUCAUUACCUGUCUUCUCAUUGGCUAAGAGCCUACAGCUUAUUUUGGAAAACAGCGCAACCUACAGAUAGGUUAGUUAUCUGCUAGUAGAUAACUGACUAAUCUGUAGGUUGCGCGCGCAAUGUAUGAUUUCCACGAACAAUAUCAGUUCAGGUUCAUUGCAUCGGGUAUUAUUGUCGUUAUUCUCUUCAAAACAAUCUAAAAUAAGACAAUUAUGAAAUUCGGUUUCGUAAUAUUCUAAAUAAUCAAGGUCUCGGUAAGUGUUAUCAGCCGAGCCGAUUAUUCCGGAUAUCACUAAAACCUCGUCCAAUAAUCGCUAAUUAUCUUGUUGAUUGCAAUGAUGAUGAUGAGGACGACGACGAUAAUGGUAAUGAUGAUGUCAAACAACGACGAUGAUGGAGAUGCCAUGUCUUUAUUCAACAGGGGAAAUUAUCCAUUGAAACUUUAGUAACUUAGACAACGUCCAAAUGCGUUUUUUUUUUAACUAAAACGAUAGAACUGUAAUUGACACAACAGCAAAGACAAAAGCAACCUGAGUUCUCCCGAUACUUCAGAUGGUGUAGAUGUUCGUCCCGGGGGAUUUUAAGACCAGUAGGGAUUACAUUUGAAAUAUUACUUAAAAUGCGGGUGGACUGAUUGGAAUCACAAAAGUAAAGAAACGAAAAAGGUCAAAAGAGGAAAUAAAUGUUGGAAAAUGGAGCAGAAAUGAAUUUAAAAUGACAUAUAAAUAAAAGAAAAAUGAAGAAAAAACAAACAGACAAAAAGUGAUAAAAUAAUAAAUAAUAAAAUGUCCUAUAAUAAUGAAACUAAAUAUAAAUUCAAAUUAAUAAAAAUAGGGAUAGUAAUGAUGAUCACGAUAAUGAUAAUAAUAAUAGAAAAGGAUUUAACAAGCAGCUGCAACAACAACAAAAAAAACUAGACUGAUUUUUGACAACGUAACUAAGCAGUUACGUUUCAAAAAUUCAGCUAGAAGUAUUUACGCUUUCCCUUUCCUAUUACAAUCAUUAUUUACGAUCAUUAUUAUUAUUAUUAUUUGAAUUUAACUCUGUUAAGUAAUAUUUUAAAGUUAGUUCAUUUUGGUUACAUUCUUUAAAUUUAUUUGUUUAUUUAUUAUUUACUAAUAUUUUAAAUUAAGUUCAUUUUUGUUACAUUCUUUAAAUUUAUUUACUUUUUUGACCUUUUUUUCUCCUUGUUCUUUCGCGAGCAAGUCAUUAUUUUCAAGAUUUAUCCCUAUUGACCUGUAUUUUUAUUUUGAAGUUUUAGACAAUUGUAUCAAAUUUCCAACUAUGCUGCAAUCAUACUAUAUAAACACGACCUGACUAUCGGCAAUAUCUGGAGACGCAAUAUAGCUUUUGUCUUUGCUGUUUUGUUUUUAUAGCUGAUUAAACGUGAGGACUCAAUGAAGGAGUGGGUGGUAGGGUGGGGGGUGGGGUGGGGGCUAGUAAGCUUGAUAAUGAGUUCGGUUGAACGUGUGGUCUUGACUUAGUCUUGAGAGAUUUUAGGAGCCGUGAACAUGGACAAGCUAAGCAACCUGAUGUGGCAUUGACGAUGUGCUGCCUAUAACGUUAAUGAUGACGAGGACGACAAUGCUGAUGCUGAUGUUGAUGCUGAUGUGCUGAGAAAGAGGAUGAUGAAGAUGAAGAUGAUGACAAUGACUGCUGAAGAUGCUAACGAUGAUGCUGAUGACGCUAACAAUGACGAUGACUCUGACGACGAUGAUAACCAUAGUAAUGUUGAUGAUCACGAUGAUGAUGACUUGACGAAUGCUGACGAUUAUGUUCAUGACGUUGACGAUGAUGCUGAUGAUGCAACUAACGAUGAUGAUGACGAUGAUGAUGAUGAUGAUGAUGAUAGUGACGCUGACAAUGACGGAUGCUGAGGAUUUAGUUGAUGACGCUAACAAUGUCAAUGAUGCUGACGACGAGGACGAUGAUGAUGAUGACGAUAGUGAUGCUGAUAAUGACGGAUGCUGACGAUUUAGUUGAUGACGCUAACAAUGUCAAUGAUGCUGACGACGACGACGAUGAUGAUGAUGAUAAUGAUGCUUAUGUUCUUGUACUUAGACGAAGAAACCCCACAGCUCAGUAAAUGGCCAUGGCGUCUUCACCUGGUGAGCACCUAGUUUUCCUUCUUCAGUUGCUGACUCGAUCUCCAGUCGCCUCUCUUCUCGCUCAGAUGCCGUAUUAGUCUCACGUGACCAUUUCCUGACCAAAAGAGUCAAAAGAGAACGCUGAGAACGAGUCAUUUUCAUAAGAUUAAAGGCAAAGACCUAGAACUGAAACUAGAAAUGUCAUUGAAGGCACCUGCCCCUAUGAUAGAAUUAAGGAUAUUUAACAAUUAUUCCUCCNGGGGGGGGGGGUGGGGGCUAGUAAGCUUGAUAAUGAGUUCGGUUGAACGUGUGGUCUUGACUUAGUCUUGAGAGAUUUUAGGAGCCGUGAACAUGGACAAGCUAAGCAACCUGAUGUGGCAUUGACGAUGUGCUGCCUAUAACGUUAAUGAUGACGAGGACGACAAUGCUGAUGCUGAUGUUGAUGCUGAUGUGCUGAGAAAGAGGAUGAUGAAGAUGAAGAUGAUGACAAUGACUGCUGAAGAUGCUAACGAUGAUGCUGAUGACGCUAACAAUGACGAUGACUCUGACGACGAUGAUAACCAUAGUAAUGUUGAUGAUCACGAUGAUGAUGACUUGACGAAUGCUGACGAUUAUGUUCAUGACGUUGACGAUGAUGCUGAUGAUGCAACUAACGAUGAUGAUGACGAUGAUGAUGAUGAUGAUGAUGAUAGUGACGCUGACAAUGACGGAUGCUGA